UCAUCCUUUUACAAAGAGAUUUAUCGAGGCUUUAUCAGCCAGGAUGGGUCCGAGGUGUAGCAAAAACACUAAAAAGGGGGCGUACUCCGCUACAGCAACAGAAGAUGAUGAUUUCGAGCACGUGGAGGGAAGCACUGCCCUUUCAAUAACUGACCGCUAUCUGAAGGCCGAAUUCACUGCGAUGGAUACAAACAAAAAUGGAAUGUUGACCCCUGAUCAGUUUGUGAAACUUCUCAUGUUCCUGGGAUAUGGAGGGAGCGACCAAGGCAUGGCUCUGCUGAAAUCCGUGAACAAGGACGAGAACACAGUUAUAACACUUGAUGAAUAUUUCGACGCUAUGAAAAAUAACCCACAAGUUCUACAAAAAACAAGUAUGAUGCGAGAUCUAUUUGGAAGAUUUGACGACAAUAAAGACGGCAAGGCUCGAAGAGAUCAAAUUGAGCAAGGAUUCAGAGAUAUGGGGAUAGAGGUCGACGCCGAAAUGAAAAGAGACAUUGCAAGUAUGGACGAAAAUCAGGAUGGAAACAUAGCCUACGAGGAAUUCGUUCAUUCACAACUGAAGAAAAAGAAGUUUAUCACCUAAAAUGAAUUGUCGUAAAUUUUUUUACAUACAUAGAGAAAUUUUUAAUUGGGUUUGAUCAGAGGGAGUUUUUAAAUAUAACUUUAUUAUCUCGGUCUAUAUCGUCAAUUAGUGCCAGUUUAUUCCAGUUCAUGGACUUAAAAUGAAAUUUGA